AUGGAUAUUCCGGUAGACGCACAGGAGGUUGGUUUGCCGCCGAUUGAGUCGUUCGCAAACUGCCAGUAUCAUGUGCGUGUCAGUGGAACAACGGAAUUAGACAAACGUGUGAUGUCGUUUGUGGAUAACCUUUGGGGGUUCGAGGUGACCGGCGGAGUUGAUCAGUUCGAGCCAUUGACGGUUAUUUCCGUCAAGCGGGAAGGUUUGGCUAGACGCGCAGGUAUCCGGGUCAAUGAUGUGAUCACCAAAAUUAACGAAACAAAUGCUGACAAGCUCACGUUGGCCCAAGCGCAGGAACUGAUUGCGGAGUCUGGUCGAACAGUGAAAAUCUUUGUUAGAGGAGAAGUCGAGGAGGAAAGCGAAGAUGAAAUGACCGUUGAUUUUUGGUUCAAACCUUUUGGUUUCUUUUCCUCAGUAAGCGAUGCGGAACGGGCUUUGCUGGAUUGGGAAGCACGAAUGCGAGCUAAUCGAAACCCGGACAAAUGGAAUGGACUGUGGCCGUGGAAUGAUCGAAGGAAGGUGAUCUACAAGGAGUCCAAUUGCUACAUGGUGCCAAGUGUUGCCGAGGAAAAGCGAGAGCGGGAGCUCAAGCUACGAGUAUCCGAAGCGGACUACAAAAAACAUCUGGAAAACGAAAAGGCAGAAUCCGAACGAAAGCUCGAGGAACAACGGCUAGAAGAGGCUAAGAAAGCCGAAGAGGAACGACGAAUCGAAGAGGAAGCAUUUUUCGCUAAAUUUGAAGCGGAACAAAGACGUUUAGAAGAGCAAAACCCUCAGACGGCUCAGGAAACUGAUCAAUAUAUUGAAGAGUUGUUGCAACAGGAAGAGCUACGAACAGCUGACUUUGAGGUUGAAGUGAGCACUGACUUUCCGACGGAGGACCAUUGA